UCCAGCUGUUGUCGUCCGUGAAUAGAGAUGCAGUGCGCACUAGUUAGUGUGAAUGGAGCUCGGGUGGAGCUGGCUGAUGGUCGAGCUCUUAUAUUAGGUCGAGGCCCUGAAUCCAGAAUUACAGACAAGAAGUGCUCGAGGCAUCAGGUCAAACUUGUGGCCAACUAUGCCAAACAGGAAGUUCUGGUUACACAGCUUGGGCCCAACCCAUCUUCCCUGGACGGUCAGUCUUUGGGUCGUGGCGAGUCUGGAUGUCUGACGUCUGGCUGCACACUGUACUUGGUUAAUCAGUCCCACCCGUUCACUGUGGAAUUUGUUGGAAAUUCAAAUGGAAAGUCUUCCUCUCCUCAGAAGAAUAGAAAUGCAGCAGAUGAAAGCAGAGACAGACAGAAAAUCUCAAAUGAUCCCAAAAGGAGCAUCCAGGAUUACUUUUCUAAAUCUUCAAAAAAGGCAACAAAACGACCUCACAGCCCAAAACAGGACGUUCCUCGCACGAAACGAGGGCGUGACGAUGAGGAGGAUGAAGAUGAACAGGCCUCAGCUGAGAAAAAGCUUAAGCAGUUACAAGCAUUUGCUCAGAGAGAGAGUGAUGACAACCUGAAAUCACCAACAGUCAAACCCAGUGCUCCAUCUUCCACUUGCUCUCAGAGUCACUGGCAACAAAUCGGCAGCCUUAUGCUGUUCACCGCGGCAGGGGUUCCAGAAAGCUCCAAAGUUGCAGGUUUUGACAUUGAUGGCUGCAUUAUCACUACAAAGUCUGGGAAAGUGUUUCCCACAAGUCCGGAUGACUGGAGGAUUCUCUUCCCAGAGAUUCAGCCCAGACUGGCCAGUCUGUUGAAGAAAGGAUACAAGGUGGUAUUUUUCACCAAUCAGAUGGGUAUAUCUCGAGGAAAACUUAGACCGGAGGUGUUCAAGUCAAAAGCAGAGGAUGUUCUACAGACACUUCAGUUGCCCAUCCAGGUGUUUGUUUCCACAGCCCCUGGUAUUUACAGAAAGCCUGUUAUUGGAAUGUGGGAACAUCUGUGUGAGAAGGCAAAUGGUGGAGUGGCUAUAGACGUGUCACAGAGCUUCUAUGUAGGAGAUGCUGCAGGACGUCCUGCUAACUGGGCCCCGGGGAAAAAGAAGAAAGACUUCUCCUGCAGUGACAGACUGUUUGCCCUCAACAUUGGUCUUCAGUUUUACACCCCAGAGGAAUACUUCUUGGGCUGGAAACCUGCUCAGUUCAGCUUGCCAGAGUUUGACCCUAGGAAAUUAGACUCUAAAAUGCGUCUUUAUGAUCCUCCUGACACCUCCCUCACAUCCACCAAACAGGAAGUCAUUGUAGCAGUGGGAUUCCCUGGAUCGGGCAAAUCCACGUUUUUCCAGACACACAUUAUUCCAAAGGGCUAUGCAUAUGUGAACAGGGACAUGCUUGGCUCCUGGCAGCAUUGUGUGUCAGCCUGUGAACGCGCUCUGAAGGAAGGCAAGAGCGUAGCGGUGGACAACACUAACCCUGACCCCGAGUCUAGAAAAAGAUAUGUAGAUGUUAGUCAAAACGCUGGAGUCCCCUGCAGGUGUUUCAACUUUACUGCGAGUCUGGAACAAGCAAAGCAUAACAACAGGUUUCGUGAGAUGGUUCCUUCUGCCACCAAGCAUGCUCCUGUCAAUGACAUGGUGUUUCACAGCUACAAGAAAAAAUUUGUGGCACCCAGUUUGUCUGAGGGCUUCUCUGAAAUCCUGCAGAUUCAUUUUGUGCCUAGUUUCAGUGACAAAAGAUCAGAGUUCCUCUUCAGGCAGUUCUCUGAGGGCUGAGUCUGAGGGAAAAAAAAGAAAGAGAAAAAAAAAGGCUGAACGACUCAACUCGGCAGAAGAAUUCUGGAACCUCAUAGAAAAACAAGAAAAUGAUUGACAAUGCAACACUAAAUGUCUUCUCCAUUUAAUUUUACACUUGUCUUUCACUGUCUUUAAUUUGUUACUUUAUAAACAUGUUGUUUGGUAAAUUGAUUCAUAGCUGUUAAAAUAAACCUGCUGUUAUAAAGACAAUACAAAUAAAAAAGUUUUAGAAAUUGAGAAAACAA